AUGUCGAUGUAUUCGAUCCCACAGCAGUCGCACUCUGGCUCAGGCCGGCGAGACCCCGUAAAGUGCGCAAUUGGGUGCCAGGAAUGGGCAGCGACCUCCCGGCGGCACCUGUGCACCCACCCCAUUAUCAAGGGCCCGCGCAGCGCGCAGGCAUUCUUGGCUUACCUGCAGCAGUCGCCUGAGGUGCGCCCGGGCAACCUGGUCGAGGGGCUGUGGCUCCGUGCGCAAAACAGCAACAGGGGCACAAAGGACCCCUGGAUGAAAAACUUGAUCAUUGCGCUGACAGGCCGCCUCCCGAACCUGAGGUCUAUCACUCUCCAGAACUGGGGCCCCGUCGUCAUCUGCUCAAAUCUCACCGCCGCUCUUCGGUCUUUCACGCAGAUCACCACCCUCGACCUCCAGGCGCCCGUCUUCUCCUCCAGCGCCGACUUGGAGCACGUCGUGUUCGCGCUACACGGGUUGUCAUCCUUGCGGCUCGACUAUGUCUCCUGGAAACCCGACCCGGACACGAACGCCUUGCCGCUGAACACGGCCAUCUACCAACUGUGGCCGCUGCCACUCUCGAAGGUUGAACUGUAUUCCAUGCACUCUGACACGGUGGGACCGCUGUUUCGCUGGCUCGGGCGCCACGGAUGCCGCCCUUCGGAGCUCGUCGUGAGCCGCAUAUAUGAAAGGCAUAUCGCAUACCUCUCCAAUUACAUGGCCUUCAUAGGCGACCGUCUCGAGGUCUUCGACUUCUGGCCGUUGUUCUCGUAUCAAGGAAACCCGGUGCAGAAUGUGGAGACCCUAUUCGCACACAACCUGAAAGUGUGGUCGCUCACCCUGCAGACCAAUGGAUCGCGCGGGGGAGGCCACGAGAACUCAUGGGUGCCCGAGGUGCUCCGCAGCGCGAGACGAUGCCCUCUGCAGAAGAUCACCUUCGCGAUGUGCUUGGAAGACGAGCGCGCGCUCCAAACACCGUUGUGGAGGACCAUUACCGAUAUUAUCCGGCAACAUUUGCCUAGGACGCUCCGCUCGGUUGCGUUCGUCCAUAAACCCAUAAAAGACGAGACCAGGUACUGCAACAACUUCCUCCAGGAUGGGACACUCGCCUUCCGGAGAUGCUUCGCCGAACAGCUGGAAUCCGUGGGCAUUCACGUCGAAGUGCGGAAUGCCCCGGUCCUCGACCUCAACGCCUACGACUUGGACGAUUGA